UCAACCCAGCCAUGUUUAUGUUUGACCUUUUUCUCAUCAUUUUUCUUUGACAUUUUAUGGCUUUAUGACAAAGCCAAACGAAAUUUCAUCUAUUUUAAUUAUUAUAAUCAAACUCUGCCUUCUCUCCCCCGUUUCCAUAGUCCAAAUCUUUGUUUUCACACCGUUAACAACCCAAUUUCAAAGACUGUUGUUGAUUUUUAGAUUUUCUUUGCCCCCUUUUUCUGUCCUUAUAUCGAACUCUUCCUUCUCUCAAUUCAAGUUCAAUCAACGAACCCAUCAUUUGUAUUUUAUUGUUUGUACAGUUAGUUGAUCAAGCUUCAGUUUUUCUUCAAAUUAUGAACGACGCCACCACUGUUAGGAAACGGAGGCGAAAAGAUGAAGGAGAUCAUCGUGUUCAAAGCGGAGACGAUGAUGGAGAAGGAGGGAAGAAGAAAGACUUGAAGGGUAUUAUUACUUCAUUGAUAUUGUUGGAAGAAGAACACAAGGGCGAUGAAGAAGAUCAAAACAAAGCCUCUGCUGAAACUAAAUCACUUUUUGAGACGAAUCGCAAGAAGAAAACGAAGACCAUGUUGGAGUAUUACUCCAAUCUUCAAAAUUACUAUUCCGAAUUUGAAGAAACUGAGCGGACAAACAAGAAGAAAUCCCGCCUUCUCGCUUCUUCCGUUGCCACCAUCGCCGCCGUUGCUGAUUCUGAUAAUAUGCAAAAGUCCGCCAAGCAAGGAAGCGGUGGGCCAGGAACAGCCCAGCAUAGGCGGUUGUGGGUCAAAGACCGGUCAAAGGCCUGGUGGGAUGAGUGCAAUAGUCCUGACUACCCCGAAGAGGAGUUCAAGAAAUGGUUCAGAAUGAGAAGGCAAACGUUUGAUAUGAUAUGUGAACAACUGAAUUCAGUUAUUGCCAAGGAAGAUACAACUUUGCGGAAUGCAAUUCCUGUGAGGCAAAGGGUUGCAGUUUGUAUUUGGAGACUUGCCACUGGUGAACCACUUAGACUUGUGUCAAAAAGGUUCGGUUUAGGCAUUUCAACUUGUCAUAAAUUGGUUCUUGAAGUUUGUACAGCUAUUAGGAGUGUGUUAAUGCCAAAGUAUUUACAAUGGCCUGAUGAAGAGGGUUUAAGGAAGAUUAAAGAGGAGUUUGAAGUCUUGUCUGGGAUUCCAAAUGCUGUUGGUUCUGUGUAUACCACACAUAUUCCUAUUAUAGCCCCUAAAAUUAGUGUUGCAGCUUAUUUCAAUAAGAGGCAUACUGAGAGGAAUCAGAAGACAUCGUAUUCGAUUACAUUACAAGGCGUUGUCAAUCCGAAGGGGGUUUUUACUGAUGUAUGCAUCGGUUGGCCUGGUUCGAUGCCUGAUGAUCAGGUGUUGGAGAAGUCUGCUUUGUAUCAAAGAGCAAGCGGGGGUCUUUUGAAAGGAGUGUGGAUUGUUGGAGGUUCAGGGUAUCCUUUACUGGAUUGGGUGUUGGUACCCUAUACACAGCAGAAUUUGACAUGGACUCAACACGCGUUCAACGAGAAAAUUGGAGAGAUUCAACGGGUUGCGAGGGAUGCAUUUGCAAGGCUGAAAGGAAGGUGGAGUUGUUUGCAGAAAAGAACAGAGAUUAAAUUGCAGGACCUACCUGUGGUUCUUGGGGCAUGCUGUGUGCUGCAUAAUAUAUGUGAGAUGAACAACGAGGACAUGGAUCCAAGCUUGACAUUUGACCUUGUUGACGAUGAGAUGAUCCCCGAUGCUCCUCUGAGAUCACCCAACUCAAUGAAGGCAAGGGAUGCCAUUGCUCAUAAUCUUUUGCACCAUGGCCUUGCAGGCACUGCAUUUUUAUAGUUGAACAGAGAUGUGUUUGUUUAUUUAUUGAGAAUAUGAUUCUUUUGUUAAUGAAUUAUCAUAGUUGGGCAUUCAUCCUACUUUGAUCGCCCAUCCCUUAAAUUGAUAAACACUGCAUGUCUUAUAUAGCUUCAAGUUUAUAUCCAUAAAUCACAAUGUAUUCUAGGUUCCAUACUCCAACAAAAAGAAAUAAAGAUUAUUCUUUUUGCAA